CUCCCUUCCUGCCAGUAUCUUCCCCCUGCGGGGAGAUGCUGGAUUGCCUCUGUGUAGCCUGACCUGGGAUCUCCUAUGGUAGAUCUGGGCUGCAUUGCUGUCAGGAGGGGGGGUAUCCAGGCCCACCGGAGCCCCGGGAAUCAAAGCCAUGCAGUCAGAGAGUCGCUGUGUUCUUUCCACCGCUUAAUAUUAACAGUAUUAACAUCUGGAUCCUUAGAACAAUGAGGCAGAUGAUGAUAAUCUACAGCUGUGUGACGUCAGAGAAAGGGACCCCCUGCUGUUCAACAGCUGAUGGUCCAGAAAGGAGGUGAGCAGGACCUCAUCCAGCAGCUGCUUCUUUCAUCAUUUCUGCUUUUCUCUCAAUCAGGUUGAACAUCCUGCUGGGCGGCAUGACGCCGCUAUAUUUCCACAUCAUCAACGUUUGUCUGCACUGCGCCGCUACCUGCCUGCUCAUGCACACAUGUGAACGUUAUGUGUUUGAGAAGCCCCGUCUGGCCUUCAUCACGGCGCUCCUCUUCGCGGUGCAUCCUGUCCACACCGAGGCGGUGUCUGGCAUCGUGGGUCGGGCGGACGUCUUGGCCUGCCUGCUGUUCCUGCUGACCUUCCACCUCUAUAUAAGGAGUGUUGACCAGUGCGUCUCCGAGGACUCGUUCCCCUCCACUGUGUCUCCAGGGUCUCUUCUCCUCAGCCUGUUCCUGGGAACCUGUGCAAUGCUGGUGAAGGAAACGGGGAUCACGGUGUUUGGAGUGUGUCUGCUCUACGAUGCACUGGUGCUCUGCCACAAGCCUCUCACACGGGGCCUCAGGAGCUCCAGACUCAGGGACCUCCCUCUCCUCUGCAAAGCCUUGAUAAAACGAGUGGGCCUCAUCUCUGCCUAUGUGGUGAUCAUCAUGUCUGUCAGGCUCUGGCUCAUGGGGGGGUCCAUGCCUCUAUUCUCAGAACAGGACAACCCCGCCUCCUUUUCUCCUCACCUGCUCACCAGGUUUCUCACCUACUCCUUCCUGCUGUCCUUCAAUGCCUGGCUGCUGCUGGCCCCCAUUGUGUUGUGCUACGACUGGCAGGUGGGCAGCAUCCCCCUCGUGGAAUCUGUAAUGGAUGUGCGAAACAUGGCCACCAUGCUGCUGGCUGUGGUGAUGGUUGCUCUCUGCUGGCGCUGCCUCCAGUCACUGCAGGGGCAGGAGAACAGGGAGGUGUUGGUGGGAAUGUUGUUCCUGGUCUUCCCCUUCAUUCCAGCCAGUAAUCUUUUCUUUAGAGUGGGAUUUGUUGUGGCUGAGAGAGUUCUCUACAUGCCCAGUAUGGGUUACUGUAUUCUGGUGGCUCAUGGUCUGGGCCGGCUCUGGUCCACCGUAGGCCGUUGGGGGACCACGCUUCUUAGUGUCUGCAUGCUGCUGCUGAUCCUGCUCUUCUCCUUGAAAACUGUCCAACAGAAUAACGUCUGGCUCUCCAGGGAGGCCCUCUUUCGCUGCUGGAGUUGGAAAAAUCGAUAUGUAAUGAAAAGCAUGGACAUGAUGAAUAAAACAGGCCAUUCUCAGAGCCUAGGGUACCUCAUAGCUAACUUCAAAGCAUAUGCCAACAAAGCUGUCUUCUCCCGGGAUCACAGGUUAUACCCCCGUCACGCCAGUGCCUUGAACAACCUGGGAACACUGACCUCCAGCGCAGAUGAGGCGGAGCAUUUCUACAGGAAAGCGCUGGACAUCAACCCUCAGCAUAACCGCGCUCUCUUCAACCUGGGGAACCUUCUCAAGUCCCAAGGAAAUGAGGAAGAGGCAGAAGCUCUGCUGAAAGACUCUAUCCGCUACGGUCCCCAUUUCGCUGAUGCUUACUCCAGUUUGGCGUCUCUCUAUGCUGAACAGAGACGGUUUGCUGAGGCCAACCAGAUGUAUUUGGAGGGAAUAGAGAGCUGCCCCGACAGCUCCGACCUCCAUAACAACUAUGGCGUCUUCCUGGUGGACACGGGUGAGUUCAACUGUUGGUCUGUCUGCACUGAUGGAGCGCUGCUCCUCCAGUGAUCAUAGGUCAGAGAC